CUGUCUGUCUGUCUGUCUGUCCGUAACUCUGUCCGUCCGUCGGUCCCAGCCGCCCCAGGUCCCCGGGGAGCCGCGGGCGUGAAUCCUGGCGAUAGCAGCGAUGACAGAGGCCAAUCAUAUCCAUGCAGUGAUGGAAGGGCCAGAAGGAGAUGAUGCCAAGUGCAGUUUCCAUCACACAAUGUUCCUGGAACCCCAAGAGAAGAAGAGGAACGUGAAAGCUCUGCUGGUUAAGCAAGCAAAGGAAACCUGCAGCUGCACCCCAGCCAGAAUUAAAGACUGCGUUUUGGGGUUUUUCCCCAUCUUACAGUGGCUUCCUAAAUACAAACUCAGGGAGUAUCUCCUGGGGGAUGUGAUGUCUGGUGUGAUCGUGGGGGUCCUGCUGGUCCCACAGUCCAUUGCCUACUCCCUCUUGGCAGGGCUGGAGCCCAUUUAUGGCCUUUACACCUCCUUUUUCUCCUGCAUCAUUUACUGCAUCUUCGGCACCUCCCGCCACAUCUCCGUCAGCAUCUUCGGCGUGGUUUGCCUGAUGCUGGGGCAGGUGGUGGACAGGGAGGUGGAGAGAGCUGGCUACGAGCUGGAGCCAGCUGUGCCCAGCGCCCUGCCAGGCCCGGGAGGGCUCGGGAAUGCCACUGGCAACGGGACGGAGCCGCUCUGUGACAGGGGCUGCUACGCCAUGGCCGUGGCCGCCACCAUCACCUUCAUCUCCGGGGUGUACCAGGUGGCCAUGGGUUUCUUCCAAGUGGGCUUUGUCUCCGUGUACCUCUCGGAUUCGCUGCUGAGUGGAUUUGUCACAGGGGCCUCCAUCACUGUCCUGACCUCGCAAGUCAAGUACCUGCUGGGCCUGGACCUUCCUCGGAGCGGCGGCGUCGGCUCCCUCAUCACCACCUGGAUAAACAUCUUCAGGAACAUCCACAGGACCAACGUCUGUGACCUCAUCACCAGCUUCUUGUGCUUCCUGGUGCUCAUCCCAGCCAAAGAGCUGAACGAGCGCUUCAAAUCCAAGCUCAAGGCUCCGGUUCCGGUGGAGCUCUUUGUGGUUGUGGCAGCCACGCUGGCAUCUCACUUUGGGAAGCUGAGGGAGACUUAUGGCUCCAGCGUUUCUGGGCACAUCCCCACUGGGUUUCUGCCGCCGCGCCCUCCGGUCUGGACCCUGAUUCCCAACGUGGCGUUGGAUGCCAUCCCCGUUGCCAUCAUUGGCUUUGCCAUCACCGUGUCCCUCUCGGAGAUGUUUGCCAAGAAGCACGGAUACUCCGUGAGGGCCAACCAGGAGAUGUACGCCAUUGGCUUCUGCAACAUCAUUCCCUCCUUCUUCCACUGCUUCACAACCAGCGCAGCUCUCGCCAAGACCCUGGUCAAGGAGUCCACGGGCUGUAGGACCCAGAUGUCCGGCAUGGUGACCAGUUUGGUGAUCCUCCUCGUCCUCCUCGUCAUCGCACCUCUGUUUUACUCCCUGCAGAAAUGCGUCCUCGCCGUCAUAACCAUCGUCAACCUCCGCGGAGCCCUGCGCAAGUUCAGGGACCUGCCCAAGAUGUGGCACCUGAGCAGGGUGGACACGGUGAUCUGGGGGGUCACCAUGGCGGCCACGGCGCUCAUCAGCACCGAGAUCGGGCUCCUGGUGGGGGUUUGCUUCUCCAUGCUCUGCGUCAUCUUCCGCACGCAGCGGCCGGAGGCGCCGCUGCUGGGCUGGGUGGCCGAGUCGGAGACCUACGAGUCCCUCUCUGCCUACAAGAACCUGCAGACCAAGCCUGGGGUUGUGGUGUUCCGCUUUGAGGCCCCCAUCUACUACAUCAACAAGGAGUGCUUCAAAUCCACCCUCUACAAGCAAACUGGGGUCAACCCCGUGUGGGUGAAGGCAGCCAAGAAGAAAGCGGAGAGAAGAAUGCUCAAGGAGAAGGAGGCAGGGUCUGGGGACAAGCAGAGCAGCGUCCCCGUGGAUUUGGGGUCAGAACCUGUGGGGUUUCACACCAUAGUGAUCGACUGCUGCGCUGUGCAGUUCCUGGACACGGCCGGGAUCCGCACGCUCAAGGAGGUCUGCAAGGACUACGGGGACAUCGAUGUCCACGUGCUGCUGGCCCAGUGCAACCCUUCCGUCAGGAGCUCCCUGCUCCGAGGGGAGUUCUUCAAGGAGGGGGAGGACCACCUGCUCUUCCACAGCGUGCACCAGGCCGUGGACUUUGCCCUGGGCACGCAGGGGCACGGCGCUUCGAAGCGCUAGCUUGGGAAGAGAGAGAUUGGAACGGAGGCUGGGCAAACGUGUCUGUGUGUCUGUGGAAUUGAUGUGUGUGUGCUCAGGUAGCAGGGCAGGGUGGAGCCAGCACACUGGUACUGGGCAAUCUCUCUGCAUUUACCUGCCCCAGGGGUAGUGAUUCCGUGGGAGGUGCUGAAUGAAGGCAGAUCUUCACUUGAUUGUGGCCAGUCUGCAGAUCUUUAAGUUUGCAUAGGGUUGUUCAUCUCAUGUCUCCUCUCUGGAGCUUUCUCAGUUCCACUCUUUUAAGCUGUGAUCAAGUCUUUUUUUGCCACCCUGUCCUUGAGGAUGGGGUGGGAUUUUGGAGUAGUCUGGACAUCCUGUCCAGCUGAAGAAUGAGGCAACUAAUUUCUCAUCCCUCGUUCUGGCAUUGCUUUCCAUCACCACACCCUUGUGUUUGCCAAGGGACGGCUGCCAGGGACUGUUUGCUCUGGCCUUUACUGGGCAGUGCUUGAAUUUGCAACCUCCCUGAAUCUCAGACAGAGAAAUCAAAUCUAUUAGGAAAAUAUCUUAAUGGAUAUCUUCUAACCAAGCACCUCUCAGCUCCAGAGGUUUUGGCACUGCCUCCUAACUCAGCCAGGCCACAAGGACACGGUUAUCUCAUUUCUCCACAGGCCUUUAGGUGCCUGUGCCCAUGGAAAUCCUGCCUCUCCAGCUUGAUUUUAAUGAUUUUUUUUUUUCAUAGAUGACUCCUUAGAAGUCUGAUUCAUUCCUAUGGUCAGUCAAUUGUUUUCCUAAUAUUUAGGAGCUCUUUAGACUUGUGAACAUUGGAUAUAGAAAAUAUCUAGCUCUUUAAUUUUAACCAAAAAAAGUCUCUCCUAGGCAGUUUUUAUGCCAGGUACAGAGAAUCACAGGCACCAAAGUGAAAAGGGACAAAUAGAUUAUCCAGCAUCUGCCCAAAUGUGUCCACGUCACACAGACUUUGUGCAGGAAUGCAGGAUUUAUUGGCUAUAAACCCUUUGCUCUGUCCUGGACUUUAUGCACAGACCAUUGGAAAAGGAGCCAGGAAAAUUCUUUCCUGAACUUUUUUUUUUAAACCAGGUCAGUAUAAAUAGAGCUUUUUACUUUGAUUUUAAAUUCUGUGGAAGUGAAGAGUGCCUGUUCUUCAUGCUAAAAUACAAGGAUAGGAUUUUUUACUGCUUUCCUCACAGCAGUAGAAUACAAUUGUGAAGGCAGAAUUGAGAGAUUACCAGCUUUUCCCGAAUACCAGCUAUACACAGCACACAUCCCUGGAAGAGGGUGCUUUCCUCCCAGAGGAGUUUACAAUCUGAAUUUCAGGUGCUUCACAGCUUUUAAAAGGGAAAGGUGCUGUGAACAGACAAUAUUCUCAUCCUUAAUAAUUCAAAAAUAAUCAGAAGUAAAAAAAAAGGUGUAAAAUCCAUAAUGAAUUGUGAAAUGUUUUCUAAAUAGAAAGAGAUUUUGAGUUUAAACUGUUUUGUUGGGUUGUUUUUUUUUUUUUUUUUUUCUGAGCAAGGACCAGUAACUAUUCUCUUCUUUCUGUGAAAGCUGAAUGCCAUGGAUCACUUCACUCUGGGAGCUUCAGAGAAGGAUGAGGCAGCAGGAAGAUGAGUCCUUUUUGUGUUAACUGAAUUUACUGCAUUUUUGAGGACACCAGAGCAGCAUAGAAGUGCUGGGGGAGGUGAGGGAAAAGGAGACCCUCAGGACAGCUUGGAAAAGGAGACCCUCACUGAUACCCACCCAUUGCACGUCCCAGACCUGGCACUGGUGAGGAAAGAAGCCUCUGUGUGUCACUGGGAAAAGUCUGCUGUGUUCAAACCCCACAGAUGUUCUGCCUCAGCCCCGGGGCCUCUUUAUGAAGGAGAUGAAUCCCAAAUUCUGCUGGAUUUUUCCUUUGCUGCCGUAGCCUCGUGCAGGAGCAUUUUUAUUCUGGGCUGAGGAUCCUUUGUGCAGCUUGGCGAGCUGUGAUCACUGGCUUGGCAUUGCCAGGGAGGAUUGGGCUGGGCUGUGUAAGAGCAGGGUUACAUUUUGAGGCUGUAUUUCAGUUUUUAACCAGAGCUGGUUUGUGUGCAGAGCCCCUGGGUGGGCAGGUUUGUCCCCACAGGGGUGGCAGUGCCAGGGCCUGGGGGAGUCCCUUUGCAGCAGAGUUUGUUCACAUGAUCAGAAAGAAUCUCUGGAACUGUGAACAAAAACCUCCUUGCAGCUUUGAAAUGCUGAUUUUUUUAACUCCUGUUUUGCCAGAGGGCAGAGCAGGCUAGAAGCACUGAAAGUGCUGAUGAAAAAGGACAGCAGGUGGUGGUUGCAAAUGUUUUAUUGGUUUUUGCAAAUAUUCCUGCCUUCCUGCAGCUCCUUGUUCUCACCCCUUUCCUCUGAAGCAUGGGCAGGACACAGGAGAUGAGGAAGAUCAGGGCAGGUCAACCAGCAGUGGGACAAAAGUCAAAUAAAAACUGCUCUGGGUGAUUCUUUCCUCUUCCCCUCUCUCCCAUGUUCUUUCCAUGCUGCCCAGUUGGAGAUUUUUUCACCUGUGACCGUGCACAGGUUUGUGUAGCCAAACUCCAAACCUUUAUUUAUUGAAAGAUGGUUUUGCAAAUCCAUUCCUACCUGUGCCAGGAAGGGAGGAAAGCAGUGUUGACUCCAAAAAGGACCCACUUCCCACAGCUAGUGGGAUGUGUAUUUGUGGCUCCUGGGUAUUUAUUUACAUAAAAGCACAAUAAAACAGUAAUAAAAUUAUUUUUCAGGUAAUUAAAUUAGAUUAUAUCUAAAAGAUGUGCUGAACAUUACCUGGAGCAUGUUGCAUUUGGCCUCAGUGCUGUUUGUGCAGCCUCCAAAUUCCAUUUCCAGCAAAACACAAGAAACUAUUAAAAUGCAACAGCAAAAGCAGCCAAAAAACCCCAGAACUUUUAAUGCUCUUAUUUAAAAUUAAUAAGUAUCAACUAAUGCACACUGCCCUGGCUAAAAGGGAGCUGAAAUAAAUGCCAUUUGCCAGAGAGUUCAGAGCAAUAGGGAGUUGUUGGGAAUUAACUGGAGAUUAAAGCUUAUUAUAGCUGGAAUUUCUCAGAACAGAGGGUUUCAGCCCUGCUCCUCUUAAGCCUGGAAUUGUUUUUUAGCAGUGACACGAAUCUGAUUUGAGCCUCCUGGCAAGCAGCACAUUUUGCUUGACUUUGCUCAUGGACCCUUUGAAGCAAUCCAAUUUUAUCUUUAGGAAUUUGGGAUCACUGAUUGGAAACUUCUCCUCUAAAGCAUUUGUUUUAUAAUGGAAUCCAUAUAUUUCUAUAUUUUGCUGCUGUGUGGUGGAUGCAGCAGCUGGAUCUCUGCACUUAUGCUUUUGUGAUAUUGCUGUCCUGCCCUGGAAAGGGCUCUCCUGCCUUCUGCUGUUUGAAAUGAGCAGUGGUGGGCACGUGCCGGGUUCUGUAAGGGGAAAUCUGCCACACUCGCAGCUUCCUGUGCCUUCCCCCAUCCCCUGGAGCUGUGAAUUUGGGAAGGGGGCCCCUCAGAACCGUUGGGUUUGGGUUAUCCAUCGUCUGGGGCAGGGAUGUUCCUCCCAGGUGCAACCUUGAGAACCCCAGGCCAGACUGGAAGCUGGUAUAAAUCAGUUCAGCUCUAUUCCCAAGUGUCCCAAUCAGCAAUUAUCAGUCUAAAUGAAGAAUUAAGAGAUCAUUAGCACGUUCAUUAAUGACAACAACAGAGCAUUAUGGAAAUGAACUCAGUCUCAGCUGUAUGGAAAUCUCUUUAGCACUCUCCUGCUGAAUGCCAGGCUCUGCUUUUCCCUCCAAACGUUUCGCUUGUCUGAGUGCUCUGACACAAAAACCAUUUUCAGUCCACUUCACAAACCAGGGGCUGGCACUGCAGUGGGCACGGGGAGCUCAUUUUGGGUCUCAUGGUGACACUGCCCAGCUGGGAUUCAGGGAUGCUGAUGUCCUGUCAGGCACUGCAGGACCAGCCUCCACCCUCCUGCUGUUUUUCUUCCUGUGUUUUGCUGCAAGGCUCUGAAUAUUGACUGUAAACAGAAGCAGCUGUGUGUGCUGCUCUUCCAUGUGACCUGCUGCUCAGUUUUCAUGAUCUUUUGAUAAAGCCAAAGCUCCUGAACAGUGAAGUGAGUGCCCAGGGUGGGGACAGAGGUGCUGCCACCAGCCCCUGCCUCAGUGCUGGGCUCACCAACCACAGGUUUGUAGGGAAAAUUUGAUUUUGCCCCACGUCCUGCCCUCAGUUCUGUGUCCAUCCCCUGCCUGGUGGUGGCUCUCUCUCCAUGCCCUGUCCUGUCUGAGCUGUACCCAUUGUUGGUUUUAACUGUUCACGUGCCUUUUUGUCACUGGAGAUUUGUUAGCAUGAGAAUUUUCUGUCAAAUCUGGUAAAAUCACUGGGGUUUAUUCAGCACAAUUAAAAGAUGACAUUUA